GAGCGAGCCGGGGGGGGGGGGGAGGAGAGGUGGACGCACCGCGCCUGCGCGAGAGUCGCUCCUCGUUAGCCGCCGCCCGACGUCGACCGCAGCCUCCAUCCCUCCAGCCAGCGCCCCCCUCACACACACACACACCAGCCCCGCUAACCAACCAGCCAUGGAUGAGGACUACGACGUGAUCGUGCUGGGCACCGGGCUGACGGAAUGCAUCCUCUCCGGUAUAAUGUCAGUGAAUGGAAAGAAAGUCCUUCACAUGGACCGGAACUCUUACUACGGGGGCGAGAGUGCAUCCAUAACUCCCCUGGAGGAUUUAUACAAAAGAUUUAACCUUCCUGGGUCACCUCCAGAGAGUAUGGGCAGGGGAAGAGACUGGAAUGUGGACCUGAUUCCCAAGUUCCUUAUGGCUACUGGCCAACUUGUGAAUAUGUUGAUGUACACCAACGUGACCCGUUAUCUUGACUUCAAGGUGAUUGAAGGCAGUUAUGUCUACAAAGGAGGAAAAAUCUACAAAGUCCCUUCCACUGACGCUGAAGCCUUACAGUCAAGUUUGAUGGGUAUUUUUGAGAAGCGCAGAUUCAAAAACUUUUUGGUGUUUGUCUCCAAAUAUGAGGAAAAUGACCCCCAAACUCACGACGGGGUUGAUGCCAGGAAAAUGCUUGUGAAGGAUUUAUAUAAGAAAUUUGGCCUGGGAGUGGAUACCAUUGAUUUCACAGGCCAUGCGCUUGCCUUACACAGAACUGAUGAUUAUCUGGAGGAGCCUUGCUAUAAUAUCAUACAGAGGAUUAAGCUUUACAGAGAAUCGCUGUUCAAGUAUGGAAAGAGCCCAUACCUUUACCCUCUUUAUGGCCUUGGAGAGUUGCCUCAGGGUUUUGCCAGGUUAAGUGCCAUUUAUGGUGGAACCUACAUGUUGAACAAGCCAAUUGAAGAAAUAAUUAUGGAGAACGGACGAGUGGUUGGAGUUAAAUCUGAAGGAGAGAUUGCCCGCUGUAAGCAGUUGAUCUGUGACCCCAGUUAUGUACCAGAUCACGUGAAGAAAGUUGGUCAGGUGGUUCGAGUCAUCUGCAUAUUGAAUCACCCCAUCAAAAGCAUAAAUGACGUGAACUCCUGUCAGAUUAUCAUUCCACAAAAUCAGGUCAACAGGAAAUCCGAUAUCUACGUUUGCAUGAUAUCCUACGCACACAAUGUAGCUUCUCAACAGAAGUACAUUGCCAUCGUCAGUACAACUGUGGAAACCAACGAUCCUGAGAAAGAAGUUAAAGCAGCACUGGACCUUCUGGAACCCAUAGAACAGAAGUUCGUUAGUAUCAGUAAUAUGUACUCUCCUACUGACUUGGGAAAAGAAAGUCAGAUUUUCAUUUCCCGUACCUAUGAUGCGACCACCCACUUUGAGACCACUUGCGACGACAUCCAAGAUAUUUACAGGAGGCUGACGGGCUCUGAGUUUUCGUUUGAAGAAAUGAAGCGCAAGCAGAAUGACGUCUUCGGCCAAGAUUGUGAGUAGAGAGAAAAAAAAGCACCUUCAAGACCCAUUUGGAAUCUCGUACGUAUUUGGCUGGUUCAACUAUUGUGCUGUUAAGGAACUUAAUGAGCACAGCAGAAAAAUUUCUUAUUGUGAGGGCCCUGAUUAUUUUUUAAAAUUACAUCUUCAAGAUCCUGACAAGUAUUGCACUGAUUCUGGAUGGGAAAGCCAUCAUUGUCUUUGGCAUCAUGUGUAAAUUUUGCUGAUAUCUUUAGGGGUGCUGUCCAAAGAAGACAACUUACUGACAUUCGGGAAACAAAAUUGAUCAGAGGUUUUAAUUGAGGAGGCUGUGAUGCAGUUAAUUCCUUCUGAUGCAUUCUUUAUUGUAAACGUGGAAAGAUGUAAAAAUGCUAAACCAAUAUUCAAUGAUUUCCUCAUUUGUAGAAGUGUUUACUGCCAUUGCUUAAUCAGCUCCCAACAUUUAAGUCUAAAAUUGCAUUGUAUGAUUGAUUGACUAACUUUAUGAUGGAUUGAUUCUAUGUACAACUACAACUUCACAAUAAAAACUUGUAUGUACCACCAGA